GCCGUUUGACAGAUCGCAAUUUCGAACUAUUUACAAAUUGCGGCGUGUUUCGUGUUCUGCCUCGUGGUUGAAGCACCAUUGUGAUAAAUUGUGUUUUUUGUUACAAAAUCGCCUUCGGAAAGUGCACCGAUAAGAUGCACAAGCCAGGAGAGCUACCUAGUGCAGAUGUAGAGCAACAGAGUGGGAAAUUAGAAGCUCCCACUGCAAAUAUGGACCUCGAAGAAGGUCUACGGAUAAGACGGAUUGCGGGAGGAUGUAUUGUAAAAUAUCCCCCGAUUUUUUCUACCGAUGGAAGGCUGUUGUUCGUAAUCAAUGAAAAAAACAUACAAGCAUUUAGCGCUAUCACCGGGGAGUUGGUUCAUAACUAUGAGAAUAUACCAGACGGAAAACUUCUGGUCGGCAUGGUGAUAGAUGCUACCAACAGCAAGUAUAUCUAUGGUUGCACUAGCGAAGGAAUGAUACUCUCCUGGAAAAUAGACUCCGGAGUGCGGCACGAUACAUAUCUAGUGCACAACGCUCCCAAAUUUUAUGUCGAAUCAUUUCAUAUAGUUUACGAUGAAAAUGAUAUGUCCAGCUUUUUAAUGUUGGGCACCUUAUAUACAAGAGUAUUUAUGCAAUUUUGUCCGCGCCAGCGGAAACGAUUGGAUAUCAUCAACAUAACGCUGUACGACGCACAAAGCACAAAGCAUACCAAUAAUGAUGUAAAAAAUGUGCAAAUUAUGGCAGCCGCAGGAGGUCGCAGGUUAAACUAUUUUGCUUACAUAGCUAAGAACAGGUGGUACUGGUGUCGUUUAAGACCAAAAUUCUAUUUUGAUAGUCGCCCACACUGUUCUGAUUUGGUGCCGCAAUUAAUAGCUUGCCAUCCUGUGGAAGCAAUUGUAGGUGUAUGCGAUAAAAUGGGACGCGUAGUGCUGUAUCGAAACUUUCUCGAGAAACGAAGGCCAGUACCAGAGACUUAUCAUUGGCAUGCACAGACGGUGAAAGCAUUGGCAUUUGGAAAUUAUGGAUCACACUUUUACUCCGGAGGUUUCGAACGCUGUUUAGUUAAAUGGGAAGUUGGAAUGCAGAAAACAGACAAAAUAUUAGCCCGACUCUCUGACACUGUCUUGCAUAUCGUUAUGGGACCGGACGGAGCUAAAUUGGCCUUCAGCACCGCCGAUAAUGCUAUACAAAUACUCAAUGCAACGCUUAAACCAAUAGCGGUAGUGCAGAACUUUUCAGGAGUAUCUACUGUAAUAACGGAACAACCACUCUUCCCUGCGGGUUUACGCGUUAAUCCCAGAACGCAAGCCGUUGUCCUGAAUGGAAGGGAGGGCUGCAUUCAAUUUUUUUCGACCUACACCAAAAGUUUGCUCUACACGCUGGAUAUAACACUUCGCAAUAACAACACAGUCGAAGAUCAAACCAUUAUUCACAACACGGUUGUGACGAAUAUUGCGAUCAAUUCUUAUUGGUUGGCCACGGUCGAAAGUUGGAGUGACAAUCAAUACUCGAUGGAAAUGCGUCUGAAAUUCUGGAAGUAUGACGAAUCGCAUCAAACGUAUGCGCUGCGUAGCAAUUUUGAAAACGUCCAUAAUGGAGGUGUAAAUGAUAUCGCGUUUUCGAGCAGCACUCGCGAACGAGAUUUGCAGUGUGCCACAGCAGGGCAAGAUCGUCGCAUCAAGGUGUGGUCGAUAGAAGAUACGCAAACUGCUGACGGCGGAGAAAAGUUAGUAUGGACGUAUGUAGGAAGCGUACAGCACCGUAACCUGCCCGUAAAAUCACUAUCAUUUUCACAAGACGCGUCCCUGCUGGCCGGUGGUUUUGGCAAUGUAUUGUGCACGUGGAAUGCUGAAACUUUACAACUAAAAUGUGCCCUUUCCGCACCGAAUGGCGUGGACGGGUGUGUUAACAGAUCGAUCAUAAUGGUACCGACAAGUGCAAAGCAGCCAAAUGCUAGCAAGACGCCACAAAAGGAAAAAUCAUAUGAGGAUGUUCGUGCAAAAAUUAUAACCGACAUGAUGGUACUGUUGAAUGGAAAAGAAAAGAGUUCUCGUACUGAUGAACUGAACAGUGAUUGCAAGCAAAAUGGACGAUUCAUUCAUAUUGAACAACAGGGAAAACAUUGCAAAGCAAGUACAAUUUCGAGACAAUUUAAAAAGCUGAUAAUGCAGAGAAUAGCAGCAAAUGUUCAUCUGAGCAUGGUCCAACGGGCGGAAAUGUUUCACACACUGGCAAUAGUUUGCCGAACUACGAACGAUAGUCGAAAACUAAUCCUCCAGAAACUCUUCACUACCGGACGACCGAAUCAUAAAACGGUCCAACAUUUGCAUAAAUUGAUAGAAAAAGUUGACACGCGCACGCUGUAUCGAGAAUAUCGUCGUUUGACAAACUUUGAACGACGUAAGCUGCCUUCAAUAAGUGGAAAAUCUCUGGAAAAUGUAUUUUUGUGUUCGGAAAACCAGAACAAAUACAAAGACAGUGCAAACGAUGCUGCUGUAUCGACGAACAAAACAGAUGCUAGAAAAGAAGAUCGGGCUGUGCCGAUUAAAAGUUUUGCUCAGAUUCAAAAAGUAAUUUUCUGCUGUGGGCAAUUCUCUCAUCUGCUCCUUAUCUGUACGGAGAAUCGUUUAAUUGUUUGGAAUUUACUCACGUUAAAAAUUCACGUAUCGGUGCUACUUACUAUUGAUCAGAUAGUUUUAGAUCCCUUCACGAACCUGAUCGCAGCAUUCACUAAACAAAAUGAAGUGUACGUAUUUCUACCCAACAUCCCGAUGCCACUUUAUCAUCGAAUCAAUAUGCCGAAAGUGUUUGGUGCAGCAUGGAUUCCUCGUCGCUACCCUCGAUCGCAAUCGUUCAAUGUGGAUUGGCAAGCCACCUCGCAGCUAUUUUUCCUUGAUGAAAACCAGGAACUGCUUCAACUGGUGUCCGAUACCGAUGAAGAAUCUUUAGGACCGGUGGUAUGCAUGAACGAGCCAACGAUAAGCUUUAAUACACCUUUUGCUGCUAUGCUGAACAAGCAAACAACAGGCGCUAGUAACGUUCAACCGUACGCAGGCAGAGCAGAAGCUGGAAUCAGUUUUGGAAAUGCUUCAAAUGCUGCACUAAAAGAUAUCAUUUCGUCAUCUUCCCACACGAUGGCCCCGAUAAGCUUAUUGUGUAAGGACUUUCUUCGUUCGAUGCUUGUUGUGGAAGAGCGCCGCGCAAAGCACAAUCAUGUACCAUCGUCGAAUCAGCGUACAACUACAACGGUUGCUGAUAAUGACAGGAAUUCGGCUCCAGAUGCAGGUACCGAGAUGCAGGAAAGUGAUGACGAAGAAAGUUUAAUCAAUGACGGUAAUGUUGCACAUAAGAAAAGAUUGUCGCGUAAUUUGGCUCAGGCGGAAAAGGAUAGGAUGAUAAAAAACAAAACCAGUUCGUAUGGCACAGGUAAAGAAGAGGCAAACCUUCGGAAGUUACUUGAUGAACCAAUAGACUUGGCAUUUUUGUAGUUUAGUUCUACUGUACUGGUCGAGUUUUGAUUUGUUUUUAGAUGGACACAGCUGUGUCUUACACUUAUUUUGGUUAACUACUUUACUGUUCACAUGUUUUGUGUUAAUGAAUAAGCGACAAAUCCAUAAAAAUAAAUAAGUAAUUGAUUAUGAAUAUUAA